CCUUGUUUCCGGGGCUCUGCUGUGCACUCACUGACGUUUCUCGGUCUGCUCCGAGACAGACUGGAGAGAAUGGCUGCCAGUGGAGAGGUAGGGAAGCUGUUACAAGUUCAAAAUGGGACUCCUCCAACCACCAACUACAACGGGGUAGAUGCUGUUCAUGCCUGUAACAUCCUUCAGCAGCUCAAAGCCUUGUAUGAUGAAGCACAGCUCACAGACAUCGUCGUAGAAGUGGACCAUGGCAAGACUUUCUCAUGCCACCGAAAUGUUCUUGCAGCAAUUAGCCCGUAUUUUAGGUCCAUGUUCACCAGUGGCCUUACAGAGAGCAGUCAGCGAGAAGUCAGAAUCGUUGGGGUUGAAUCUGAAUCCAUGCACCUCGUCUUAGACUAUGCCUACACAUCCAGGGUGACACUCUCUGAGUCCAAUGUCCAAGCUCUGUUCACUGCAGCCAGCAUUUUCCAGAUUCCUGCUCUGCAGGAUCAGUGUGCCCAGUUCAUGAUCAGCCGACUUGACCCUCAGAACUGUAUAGGGGUCUAUAUGUUUGCUGAUGCUUAUGGGCAUCAGGAACUGAGGGAACGCUCACAAGAUUACAUCCGCAAGAAGUUCUUGUGUGUAUCACGGGAGCAAGAGUUCCUCCAGAUGACCGAGGAGCAGUUGGUCAGCAUAUUGAACAAUGAUGACCUCAAUGUGGAGAAGGAAGAGCAUGUCUAUGAGAGCAUUGUCCGUUGGCUGGAGCAUGAUCUGCCUGGCCGUGAAGCCCACCUAGCUGAGGUUUUUUCCCAAUGCAUCCGUCUGCCUUUGCUGGAUGAGGCCUUUCUCAGUCGAAUACCUGCCCCUUUUGCUUGUGCCCUGUCCCUCUCAGAAGACCCUGCUGAGGCCAAGGCUCGCCUCACCGGCACUAAUGGCUGCCCACAGCGGCUCGGUAUGACUGCUUCGGAGAUGGUCAUCUGCUUUGAUGCUGCUCAUAAACACUCAGGUAAGAAGCAGACAGUGCCUUGCCUUGACACAGCCACAGGACGGGUGUUCAAGCUCUGCAAACCACCUAAUGAUCUCCGGGAGGUCGGUAUCUUGGUUUCCUCGGAGAACGACAUCUACAUCGCUGGUGGGUACCGACCGAGCAACAGUGAGGUGUCCAUAGACCAUCGAGCAGAGAGUGACUUCUGGCAGUACGAACAUGCAGGCAACCGAUGGCUUCCACGUGCACCUCUGCUUAGAGCAAGGAUAGGAUGCAGGCUCGUGCACUGCUGUGGGAAGCUUUAUGCACUGGGAGGUCGCGUUUAUGAAGGUGAUGGGCGAAAUGCAUUAAAAUCAGUCGAGUGCUAUGAUGCCAGGGACAACUGUUGGACAGCAGUCAGUCCUAUGCCAGUGGCCAUGGAGUUUCACAGUGCUGUGGAGUAUAAAGAUCGCAUCUAUAUCCUCCAAGGUGAAUAUUUCUUCUGCUUUGAUCCCCGUAAGGACUACUGGAGUCAUCUGGCCCCAAUGAGUGUCCCUCGGAGUCAGGGUCUGGCUGCCUUGUACAAAAACUGCAUCUACUACAUUGCCGGCAUCUGCAGGAAUCACCAGCGCACCUUCACUGUGGAGGUCUAUGACAUUGAGAAGAACACAUGGAGCCGCAAGAGAGAUCUGCCCUUUGACCAAGCCACAAGCCCAUAUAUCAAGGCCAUGCUACUGCAAGGCAAGCUACACCUGUUCGUACGAGCCACACAGGUCAUGGUGGAGGAGCACGUGUUUCGCACCAGCCGCAAGAACUCCCUUUACCAGUAUGACGAUGAGGCAGACGUAUGGACCAAAGUCUAUGAGACACCUGAUCGCCUCUGGGAUUUGGGUCGCCAUUUUGAAUGUGUGGUGGCCAAACUUUAUCCACAGUGUCUGCAGAAAGUGCUUUGAGGUAGCUGAUUUGGGAACCCAAUCUAUGAGGUGGAGGGAAUAGUGUGGUCCUGCCUGCCUUGUGCCUGGUGUUACCUUGGGUUUGCACCACACGGACCAUUUUUCAGUUAAGUCUUGCAAACUUUGGUUUAACAUGAUCAACAUCGGGGUGCUUUUAAAGAUUGCAGUAUUUCUUUUUCCAGACAGCACCAACUACCCACACUGAGGCUUGUUUAACAAAACCGUACAAUGAAUCAUAAGUGCAAUUAUCCUAUUUUUUGCUUGUUAUUGAGCCAUGUUGUUCUAUUUUUUUUUUUUGGAUACAUGAAUAGUUAUGGAUUUUUACAAAUGUUAAGCAUGCAAAUGAGGGUGUUGGCUAGGUAUCCCUCUGGAGAUAUGGAUGCUAUGUCUCAGCAUAAAGUGAAAAUCUCUAUAUAUCUAUAUAUCUAUAUAAAUAACUAUAUGAACUAUAUAUUCAUACGGGUAAGAUGAGUACCUUAGCUCAUUAGUAGGUUUGCUGGCUCUGAGGUUUGUGUGCGUGUGUGUGUGUGGGUUUUUUUUUUCCUCCACUAUUCGGUGUUCAUGCCUCUCUUCAGCUUAUUUUAUCGAUAAGUUUUAAUUUGAAGUGUGCUUGUGACGUACAUUACCUUAGUGUUUUUAAAGGUUGAAGCUUGUAUGAUAUUUUUAUGGCCCCCUCUUCCUUCACAAGCGUCAGUGUGUCAAACAAUACACUAUGUGUGGCUUCCAAGCUAUUUUUCAUUGUUGUUUGAGAUUCCAGUUGAAUGGGGGCUUUCACCUCUGCUCUUUGAGUUGGCAUCCAUCUUGUGUCACAUGCUAAGAACAUUUAAGUGAAAUCUUAGAAUAUUCACUCUCCACAUUGGAGAAUUAAGGACGGAGUCAAAUUUGUGGCAACACUAAGUGGCAAGUUUAGACCAACUAACAGGUUUACCUCAGAAACUUCAGAGAUAUUGGAUUAGGAGAAAAGGGACAUUUUAGGCCAUUGUGUUGAUUAAGCAGCUGCGUGAAAAGCUCAGUUCAGCAUUGUGCUCCGAGGUUGUUCUUUGACAUCAGAUUAUAGUCAUUUGAAAAAAGGUCGAACGAGCCUUCCUCUUAAAUGCCAAACAAAGCAUUUGAGGUCUUUAUAUAGUUGUUGUGGACAUUGAAACGAAUUUUGUGGUAGCAAUAAAUCAUGGAACUGUGAUUAGGCUAUAUUGCGUUGUAUUACCUUAGUAAAAGUGCAUUAAUUGUUUUGUGCUUGUCUCUGCUAGUGAAAAUCACGGUAGUACCAAUAAUGAUUGUCUGGCUGUUGCAUGGGUACAGGCUUGAAGUGUGUGUAAUUUAGUGCAGAUAAUUUGUGAUGCCAAUGUGCCUGUGGCUAGAAAAAGGGGCAUCAGAAUCAAAAACUGUUCCUCCUGAUGAAGAAUAUCUGAAAAAGUCUUACUCAGCGUUGCACUGAAUCACUCUCCACUUCAACGGUCCGUAACUGCAAACUUUACGAAGCACCCUCUUGAACAAGCAGACUAUUUAAAAACGAGUGAGGGUGACCCGGGUUGUGUGCUAAUUCAUCUAACAGCCAUGAAUCCGUCUUCACACGCCAUCACACAGAGGACACAAACUGUUGGUGCUGCUUUUUGUUUUUUUUGACAAUCUUGUUUAGAAGAAUACCACCGCUGAGUGGCAUUCCCUGUCAAAGUGGGACAUUUUCAGUGCCGUCAGUUUCCUCAAGCAGGUUCCUGUCAUCUUUGCACUACACAUUUCCCUUGUAUCUUAACGAAGAAUGCCCAUCUAUUACAUUAAAAAAAGGUUUUAGUAACCACAUAGCAAUCAUAAGAGAUUUACACGGAAAUUAAUACCAGAAGAGUUGCAUUCAGUAAGGACACAAUUUACUUCUCCAAGAGAAGACCCAUUCUUCACUGACUUUAAGCUGAUUUUUGUUUUGUUGUUGACCCAGCUUGGACAAUGCCCCCAGAAAGCCCCUCAUCAUGGGUGAGCGUGGGUCUGAGUUUCAUCUACAUGUCUACAGACAGCCAUUUGAGAACCAGGAACAGAGAACUCUCAGGAUUUCUACUGAUACACAGUACUGUAUUUAAGAUUUUUUUUUUUUUGUUAUGUGUAAUAUACUGUACUAUAGGUUUGCUGUACUUGCACAGUUUUCUAAACUUAUCUUCAGUUUCUUUUAUAACUUGAAAAAAAAGUAGAUGUGAUUUUCUUUUUGUUGUCUCCAGUGGCUGUUUUUUUUCUUUUUUUUAAAUGUAAUUAUCUAUUUAGUUAUGGUAGAGUAAUCCUGCUCUGUUGAGGGAAAAAAAUGAUUACCCGAACAAGUGAUGCAUUUAGAUUUUUUUUUUCCUGUAGUACAGUAGUAUUUCUUUGUAACAUCUCACUGAAACUAAGCAUUACAGAUCAAGUAACUCCACUGUUACACCAUAUUUCAAACACCAGUCAUGUAAUACAACAAGCUAUAUAUAAAAAAAAAAAAAUCCUGCUCUUCUGUGUUGAAGAAUCGGUGGCCGUCAUUCUGGUCAUCACCACGCAUCGCUUUAUGGGUGCUAUUCCAUUGUGUCUCUUACCCGUUUUUUUUCCUCACUUUUAACUUUGCUGGUUUGUCUGUUUUUGGGGGGUUUUCGGGUUAUAGAGGUUGUUGAGCUCAACUGUGAAAUUCACAUUGCACAUAAUUUGAAAUAAAACUAUUAAAGUGAA